AUGGCGUCGGUAGACAUGCCGAACAAGAGGCGCAAGUAUGUUGACAAAACACGAUACACAGACACGCCCUCGUCUAACUACUUCUGAAUCAGGCUCGAUCUCACUGAGACCUACACUGUGGUUGUAGGUGCCGGUGAUGCGCAGAAAGCAUUCAACAUCCACAAAAGCUUUCUUUCGAAGACUUCGGAGUUUCUAAAGAGAGCUUGCAACGGCGACUGGAAGGAAGGAGAAGCGAAGAAGAUCGAGUUCCCAGAGCAGGCACCUGAAGUCUUCGAGAUCUACCUUCAGUGGCUGUACACUGGCGAUCUCGUCUUUCUCGAGGAAGCUACGCCCUCGAAGGACGCCCCGGGAGUGGAGGGCUACGCUGCCAGAGCCUUUCAUUCACUGGUCGAUCUAUAUUGUCUGGCCGACAUGCUUCGAGACUCCCACGCUUGCAACACCGUCAUAAACAAAAUUAUUAAAAUGUCUAAAAAGAUCCUUUGUGGCCCGCUGGCAAGCGAAGUCAGCCGCGUGUACGCAAUGACUACCAAAACCUCGAAACUACGUCUCCUCUUUGUGGACUACUACGCUACUUAUUGCGAUCGGGACUUCUACCAAAACAGCAGCAACGCGCUUCCUCACGACUUCUUGACGGACGUCCUGGGUAACAUGGCAACCAGACUGCGAUCCGGUUCCAAUCGCUUGGCCGCACCGGGGGAUGUCCCCAAGUGCACGUAUCACGAGCACAAUGACGCUUGUCCGCGAUGUCUCUGA